AUUCCCUACUUUUUUAAAUUAUUCUUCCUACAUCGAACAAAUAAUGUUGACUUCUCGUGGUCUUCGUGAAAUUUCGAUAUUUUCCAAGCGAUUCUUUGCGAUGCCUUCUCCAAAGCAUAUGACAAAAGAUGACGUGGAUUUGCUGACAAAUCCCGGCGAGGAUUAUGUGGACGCUUUGAUGAAAUGGCACGGCGACGAGCGACCCGUGUUCAAGAAAGAGGACAUCUAUCGUUGGAAGGACAGCUUUCCAGAGUAUCGGCUGAAAAUGGUUUGCCUGAAAGACACGACAAGAGUCAUCGCAGUCGGUCACUAUUGUUAUUUCAAUGCUCUGAAAGAAGGGCAGAAACCAUUAUUCUUCCUAGGGUUGGGAUGGACGGGUCCCGAAUAUCGUACACGGGCGGUUAUGGAGCUUCAAGCCUCAAUGGCGAUGGAGGAGAGGGAGAGGUAUCCGACUGCAAACGCUGCUUCGCAUCCAAACAAGUUCAUGAAACGAUUCUGGCACAUAUUCAACGGCCACAAAGAACACGAGGACAAGGGUCACAAGGCGGUCAAUGUUACCUACAUAAGCACCUUCAACUCCAAAGACAUAAUUAUUCCCGAAGAUUUGGAUUUCAGUGGGAUUACUGUAACGGAUGCUAGAGAGGUACCCAAGAGGGAUAUAAUCAACUACGGUCAAACCAUUUAUCCGUAUCAUCGAGAAAUUUUUAUUAUUUCCCACAUGUAUGAUAAAGAUGGUUUCGGGAAAGUUGCGUACGAUGAGUAUGGGAAUGUGAUUGGAAUUAGCCAACUUAUUGUUUAUGGAACCAAAAAAGACAGUAAUCUUGGUCCAAUUUAUGCAGACAAUCCACGUGUUGCUCAGGCAAUGUUUGCGUCGAUGCUCAAGGAUAUUAAGGCUUCUUGCACGGAAAUUGCUCAUUAUGAGAUGCGAUCGUCACAACAAAGCCAAGAUUGUUUCCGAUGGAUCGCUCCAUUCCUGAAGUGCAAGCCAAGUCGCGUUCACAUCCACAACCUUUUGUAUAAGCACGAGGUCCCAGAGGGUAUUGAUUUUACAAAGGUCUACAGUCCAAGUCAAAUACAAAUGUUCCUCGUUUGAAAUGUUUAAAGAUAAAUAUUACUCAAAUAAAUAAAGUGGGAAGGUUUUCCAUGUUUUA